UGUCGAGGCUUAUCAUUUCUUUCAGAAAACCCUACCCGUGCCUUUCUGAAAUCGAAGCCGCCUAGGCGUUCUCUUCUUCUCUUUUGCAUUAGGGUUUUGCUGAGUCUCCAACAAUGGCGGAUGUGGAUACGGAGAUGGCCGCGGGAGUGCCGAAGAAGAGGACGUUCAAGAAGUUCAGCUUCAGAGGCGUCGAUUUGGACGCUCUCCUCGACAUGUCCACCGAUGAACUCGUUAAGCUCUUCCAUGCCCGAGCUCGCCGAAGGUUCCAAAGAGGUCUCAAGAGGAAGCCGAUGGCCUUGAUCAAGAAACUCCGCAAAGCGAAACGGGAGGCUCCUGCUGGUGAGAAGCCAGAUAUUGUCAAAACCCAUUUGCGCAAUAUGAUCAUUGUGCCUGAGAUGAUUGGAAGCGUAAUUGGGGUGUACAAUGGCAAGGCCUUCACCACAGUUGAGAUCAAGCCUGAAAUGAUUGGUCAUUAUCUAGCCGAGUUCUCCAUCAGUUACAAGCCCGUAAAGCACGGAAGACCUGGUAUUGGUGCUACCCAUUCCUCAAGGUUCAUUCCUCUGAAGUGAGACAUCUAUGCAGGAGAUCUUUGGUUUUGGUGCCACCAACCGUAAGGAUUAAUCCGUGGAAUGCAGUCUAAAUAUAGAGAGGCCCAUUUUGUUUUUGAGUGCUUGAUUAGUUAUGUCUGCCUUUUUAAUUUAGGUUAUGGAAGCCUGAACAAUUUUUUGUUUCAAGGAGUUUUGUUGCUCUGGAUUAUGAAUAUUUCUAUGGCUCUGGGAAAAAUGUGUUGCUGAACAGAUCCUCAGGUUGUCCGCAAUGUUUGUGAUGCAAUCUUAUUUGCGCCAGUGAUCUGAAUUUUGCAGCA